AUGGCAGCAGCAGUCGAUGGAGCAUCCACAGUUACUCCCAGGUCGGAAGCUGAAGGACACCCAUCAGAGAAGGCCCUCAGCCCUACCCCACCUGACCUGACAGAUCUACCUCAGAAGGUGACCCAGCCUGACCUCCCACCUCCAAACUGGCACCAGGAGAAGCCCAGGAAGAGUAGCCACGUUCUCAAGGAGCUGGGCGCCGUCCAUGUGGUCAUCGCUCUGGUGUACUUGUUCAUUGGAGGUUACCUGGUGGCUGCUGUCCAGAACCUUCACCUGGUGGUCCAGAAGUGUUGGUAUCCAUUCUGGGGGGCUGCCUCUUUCCUCAUUUCCGGGAUCUUGGCAAUAACAAUGGAGUCGUUUCAGAAAAAUUAUCUGAAGGCGUGCCUGGUAGCAAACUCCAUCAGCUUCCUCUGUGUGCUGGCUGGGCUCUUUGUUAUUGCCAAGGACCUCUUUCUGGAGACUCCAUUUGAGUUCCCCAUCUGGAAACCGUACCCCACUGAUACUGUCCACAUCCAGAGGCUAGUGCUGGCCCUGCUCUGUGUCACCUGUGUGGAGGUCUUCCUGCCGGGGCUCAUGGCUAUCGUGGCAUACAGGGAUGCCCGCCUGUCUGCAGAGAUAAGUAAACCGAAACUUAGAGAGGCCAUGUCACUUUCCAAGGUCAAACACCUUCAUCGCCUGGCUGUCUGGCAGAAAGUCUUCUUGUUAAGUCAUCAGAGAGCUAGAAGGGCCUUGUUUGUGUCAGUUUCCCCACCUUCAUGGGAACUUGAGGCUCCAACAAGUGAGCCAUCAGGAAGGGCUUUGUUGAUCACCACAUGCUCCUCAUAUUGGAGCAUCAGGGACAGCGGCUUCUCUCUUUGGCAGGAGGAUGACUCGCCUCUUGUCCCUGACUCACCAUUGGAGCUCAAGGAGCAGUCGAUGAUGCCUCCACCGUCCUAUGAGGACGUCACUCAAGGUGACCUGCAGGACGAGCAGGAGAGGAGGUGAAGAGGCCCUGGGAUCCCUGCACUGUCCAAAUUCACCCCAUCUUCCUGACUAAUAUGAACUGGUUCCAAGGGGCAGUUACCAGGAAGGGGCAAACACUGUCAUUGCUAGAAAUGUCUGCCCCAUGCUGGUAGCCAAGUCAAGGACCCAGUCCAGCCCCUCAGCCCAGAAGGAAUCUCCAGGCCCCCAUCUGCUGUAACAUUUCUGCUGGACCAGAGCACAGUAGGCAACUGCCCACCCACCUGGUAAGCCCCAAGAGUGGACUUCUGGGCCAGCAGCCCCCGGCACGCUCUUCAUCAGUCUCUUCACCCAGUCAGUGAUGGGUGCACCAGGAACCUGUCCACAUGGGGCUGAGGGUGGAGCCAGAGAAGGUCCCUGAGAACCCAGGGAGGCACCAUCUUCCCUCAACUCAUCCUACCGAGAGGUCUCUGCAAGAACUUGGGCAUCUGAAUCCCUGGAUUCCGGGGGGGUGGGGGAGGGGUGGGCGGCAGCAGAGGCAUUGAGUCAG